UGCCGACGUUUCUAAUUGCAAAUUAGAUAUUUGCUCAAAUUAACAACUCAACAACUGUUUAUUUAUAUAUUUUCCCAUGUCACAAUAAUAUUGUUAACUUGCAAAUACACCAACAUUGACAAUACAACAUAAUUGUGAGCUUUUGUAAAAAGGUGAGUUGUUUAUAUAGUCGUAAAUCAUUUGCCGGCGUUUCGACACCUGUUGAACAACCAAAAAAACUUAAUUGUAUAUUAAAAUCAGGUUCUAAGCUGCAAAAAAACGAGCGCGCGAAACUUAAACGCUUCAGUUGUCUUUUGAAUUUGUUGCCGUGCGGUUGUGUUUUCUGAAUGUGUGUGCGGAACCGGUUUGACAAAGUGUAAACGUGACGUGCUGCCGUCUGUAAAAGUCGAAUCAGCCACAGAAUUUGAAAACUAUUUACCUUUAUUUGAACUGACAAAAGGUUGUUAAAUAUUAGCGUAGACACAGAAAACGCUUUGCCACGCCAAAGUGCACAUCGAAAACGCAUCAGCCUUGAUUGAAGUGUUUUUUGUGCAUAUCAACAGAGACAACAUACACCCACCCCAUAGCCACAUAUACACAUCCAUUAACAAUGAUUUUGUUCCUGGGGCUGCUUCUCUUUGGGCUUAUGCUAUGCGGCUUCAUAUUCAGCAAGACGACCAAAGAAAUGCCCAAAUCCUGGUUCGAAUGGAAGACGGAGUUCCGUUAUCAGUAUUUGGGCAUCAUCGGACUUGUGCACGAUGCGAAGUAUGCGUCAAGGGACCGCGUUGCUCUUUACAAGCAACCGGAUCGCAUUGCUGUAAUUACGGGCGGUAAUCGUGGAAUAGGGCUGCGCAUUGUGGAGAAAUUAUUGGCUUGCGACAUGACCGUAAUUAUGGGCGUUCGAGAUCCGAGCAGUGCCGAAACCGCCGUUGGCAAAAUUGUCGAUCUGAGCCAGACGAAGGGCAAACUGAUAUGCAAGCAGCUCGAUGUAGGGGAUAUGAAGUCGGUGCGAGCCUUUGCGCAGAGCAUAACGGAGAAAUACGCAAAGAUCGAUUUGCUGCUCAACAAUGCAGGCAUUAUGUUUGCUCCAUUCAAACAGACAGCGGAUGGAUUCGAAUCCCAUUUUGCCAUCAACUAUUUGGGCCACUUUUUGCUCACCCAUCUGCUGCUGCCCCAGCUGCGGGCGGCUGGAAAGCCAGGGAAAAAUGCUCGUAUCGUGAAUGUGAGCUCCUGUGUGAAUCUCAUUGGUCGCAUCAAUUACAAGGACAUCAAUGGACUUAAGAACUAUUAUCCCGGCACGGCAUACAGUCAAUCAAAACUGGCACAGAUCCUGGGCACUCGUCAUUUACAAUCACUCCUCGAUGCGGAGAAGGCUCAUGUGCAGGUUAAUGUGGUGCAUCCCGGCAUUGUGGACACGGAUCUGUUCGAGCACUCGGCAACCACAUCGAUUCCAAUAUUCAAGAAGUUUUUCUUUAAGACGCCAGAGCGUGGCUCGCGCACGGUGGUCUUUGCAGCCAUCGAUCCAUCGAUCGAGGGACAGGGUGGCACAUAUCUGAGCAAUGGCGGCAGAGGUCCCUUCCACCCCGAUGCCAAGAAGCCGGCCAAGUGCGAGCAGCUAUUCCAGUUCUCCUGCGAUCUACUGAAAAUCAAACAGUAUGGCAACGGCGAAUACGCUCUCUAAAACGAUCAAAAUUAUCAAUUGGAUUUUUUCUAACAUUCCUCAAAACACUGGUGCAACGUUUUUUUCUAAUAAGCUGUUAUGGUCUUAUACAUCUAUUACAAAUAACACACACACACACACACACUUGAUUGAAUCCCUUGUAUAAAGUUGUGAAAUUUUUGCAUUUUGUAUAAGUUAUACAAAAAACUUGAAUAAAUCGGUCUAAAGCCGGAUAAGAUAACAUAA